GCCGCUAACGCUCCUCCUCUGUCUCUCCGGCUUUGUACCCAGAGCUGAACCCACGCCGCGGCACCUUCUCCAACAAACCGGGGCUGCUAAACAUCCCAAAAUGGCUCUUCACGUUCCCAAAGCUCCGGGCUUCGCCCAAAUGUUGAAAGAUGGCGCCAAGCACUAUUCAGGGCUUGAAGAGGCCGUCUUCCGUAACAUCAGAGCCUGUAAGGAGCUUUCUCAGACCACACGCACCGCCUAUGGGCCCAAUGGUAUGAACAAAAUGGUCAUCAACCAUUUGGAGAAGCUGUUUGUCACCAAUGACGCCGCAACUAUUCUCAGAGAGCUUGAGGUGCAGCACCCAGCAGCCAAAAUGGUUGUGAUGGCAUCCCACAUGCAAGAGCAGGAGGUUGGAGACGGUACAAACUUUGUGCUUGUGUUUGCGGGAGCUCUGCUGGAGCUGGCUGAAGAGCUGCUCAGGAUGGGCCUGUCUGUCUCAGAGGUGAUCGAAGGCUAUGAGAAGGCGUGUAAAAAGACUCUGGAGAUCAUGUCAGACUGUGUAUGUGCAUCAGCUGAGAACCUCCAUGAUGUUAAAGAGGCGACAUCUUAUAUCCGUACAGCAGUCAUGAGCAAACAGUACGGCAACGAAGACUUCCUAGCCGGCCUCAUCGCACAGGCCUGUGUGUCCAUCUUCCCAGAGUCUGGCAAUUUCAAUGUUGAUAACGUCAGAGUGUGCAAGAUUUUGGGUUGUGGAGUGACGGCGUCCACAGUGCUACAUGGUAUGGUUUUCAAGAAGGAAGCAGAGGGAGACGUCACAUCUGUUAAAGAUGCCAAGAUCGCCGUCUUCUCCUGCCCCUUUGACUGCAUGGUUACAGAGACCAAGGGCACAGUGCUGAUAAAUAGUGCAAAGGAGCUUAUGGACUUCAGUAAGGGAGAGGAGGAUAUGAUGGAGGCUCAGGUGAAGGGCAUCAAGGAGGCGGGUGCCAGCGUGGUGGUAACUGGAGGAAAAGUGGCUGACAUGGCGCUGCACUACGCCAACAAGUACAAGCUCAUGGUGGUCAGGCUGAACUCCAAGUGGGACCUCAGGAGGUUAUGCAAGACUGUGGGAGCUGUAGCACUGCCCAGACUUACCGCUCCAACCCCAGAGGAGAUGGGUCACUGUGAAAAUGUGUACCUGACGGAGCUGGGGGACACCCAGACGGUCGUCUUCAAACACGAGAAUGAGGAAGGUAGCAUUUCAACGGUGGUGAUCAGGGGCUCCACUGACAACCUGAUGGAUGACAUUGAGAGGGCUGUAGAUGAUGGAGUCAACACCUUCAAGCUCCUGGUCAGGGACAAGCGACUGGUGCCUGGAGCAGGUGCUACUGAGAUUGAGCUGGCCAAACAGAUCACCUCAUAUGGAGAGUCUUGCCCAGGUCUGGAGCAGUACGCCAUUAAGAAGUUCGGCGAGGCCUUCGAGGCUGUGCCCCGAUCGCUGGCUGAGAACUCUGGUGUGAAGGGAAGCGAACUCAUCUCUAAGCUGUACUCUGCUCAUCAUGAGGGAAACAAAAACAUGGGCUUCGACAUUGAGGGAGAAGGCCCCGCUGUGAAGGACAUGCUAGAAGCUGGCAUUCUGGAGCCUUACCUGGUCAAAUACUGGGGCGUCAAACUGGCCACCAACGCUGCCGUCACAGUGCUGAGAGUCGACCAGAUCAUCAUGGCUAAGGCUGCAGGGGGACCCAAAGCUCCCAAGCAGAGAGGCCAUUGGGACAAGGACGAUUGGGAUGAAGCGCCUGAUAAUUUUGAAACUCACCAUUAGAGGGCGCACACACACACCCUCCAUCAAUCAUCAUGGCUAAACCAGCAGGGGGACCCAAACCUCCCCAGGGCAAGAAGGAUUUUGAUGAUGAUGACUGAUUCUGAGGCCCUCCAACUGAUGCUCCUUUAACCCCCCAACGCUCCCACAUGGAUUGACAAAAACCUUUUCUACUUGUUUAUUUAAAGCUCAACAGUCUGGUUUAUUUUGUAGAAAUUACUGAUCUGGUUAACCGAUAUGUGAAAGUAAAAUGUACGGAUGGCACUGUUUGCUUUAUUUGUUCAUCGUCCCAAAUAAAAUGCACUUGGGCUGUCA